AUGUUCCAGAGCCCUGGUGAGGGGCCAGCAGCCGAGGGCAGGGGUCCGGGGGCGGGCGAGGAGGCCCCCAGGAAGCUCCGGCGGAACCACACCACCUUCACCACGUACCAGCUGCACCAGCUGGAGCAGGCGCUGGAGGCCUCCCACUACCCGGAUGUGGACAGUUGCGAGGACCGCGCCCCGGUGCACCUGCCUGAGGUGCGCGUGCAGGUGUGGCUCCAGCUCCGCCGGGCCAGGUGGCGCUGCCAGGGGCGUCUGGAGUCCGGCUCUGGAUCCACAGCGCCCUCGCGGCUCCCCGCGCCUGGCGCUGCCCUUUGCCCGCCCCCCACCAUGCUGCGGCCCCUGCAGCCCUGGCUGUGUCCUGGGAGCUUGGCGGCACCAGGCCUCCCUCGCCCCCCGGGCCCGGGCCAGGGCUGCAGGCCCCCUUGGGCCCAUGCCUCGGCCCAGCCUGCAGACGGCUUCACCCUGGAGGCGAUGUCCUGGCGGUUGCUGGCCAAGGAGCGCCAAGCCCUGGACAGAGCCUGGCCAGCAGCAUGGGCCUGGAACCCAGGCUUCCUGCUCCUCCCAAGGGCUAGGGACGUGCCGGAUGACCACCGCCGGCUAGGGACAUGCUGGAUGACCACCACGGGCCACCCACUUCCUGCCCUUGCAGAGACUAGCACCCAGGAUAGGAAAGGCCCCGGGAACGUGGCCAAAGCAUUCCCAGGCCAGGCAGCAGGGCCCUCGAUGGCCUCGGGCAGUCUCUGCUCCACUUCCGGACUCAGUCUCCCCCUCUGUCAAGCAGGCAUGGGUCGGCUGGGCUUUGGGGUUCUUGGGCUGUGA